ACUUCCUCUUUAACAUCCGCUCCCUCGGUUAUUUCUGCAGGCAUGGCGCGCUCUACAUCUUGUGUCGCAGCAGCUGCUCUGCUUCUGCUGGUGGCCCUGGCGGCGGUGCCGCGGAGGGAGGCGGCGCUGACGUGCGGGAAUGUGGUGAUGUUCCUGUCGCCGUGCAUCCCGUACGCACGGGGCACGACGGCGGCGCCGUCGGCGGCGUGCUGUAGCGGGGUUCGGGGGCUGAACGAGGCCGCAAAGACGACGCCGGAUCGGCGGACGGCCUGCAACUGCAUCAAGUCGACCAUCGCCUCUCUCAGCGGCAUCAAGCCCGCCGUCGUCAGCGGCGUCCCCAGCAAGUGCGGCGUCAGCGUCCCGUACCCCAUCUCCACCUCAGUCGACUGCUCCAAGGUGGAGUAAUUAAGAUAGAAUACGUGGAUUAGAAUAAAAAGGCAGGAGACAUGAGGCGAAAUGCUCAGCACUACUCCUACGUAUUACCUUUACUUUGUGUCUUAAUCGAACUGCUUGUGUACGUCUACCCUACGUACUACGUAUGGUACGCAUGGUAUUGUACAUGCAUACAAAUGCAUGGUAAGCAUGUAUUGUAAUAUCGUGUGGCAUAAUACAAUGGUUAAUCUGGUAUUC